CAGACAGAAGCUGAAACAACACAGACUUGCUGAACUACACCUGACACAUUUCAACCACAAGAUGCUUUGUGUGUACACCUUCCUGUUGCUGACUCUGAGCGGAGCGGCGCUCGGCUCUCUGCAGGACAAACAGACUGACUUUGGCCUGAAGGUCUUCUCGCAGCUGGCCCGGGACUCUGUGGACAAGAACGUGGUCUUGUCCCCGCACGGCGUGUCCUCUGUCCUGGCCAUGGCUCAGCUCGGCGCUGCUGGAAACACCCGCAGGGCUUUAACUGCUGCCAUGGGCUUUUCUCUGCAAGAGCGAGGGAUGUCUCGGCAGCAGCGCCUCCUGCAGCGGGACCUGUCCAGUGAGGACGGGGUGGAGACAGCCAGCGGGGUCAUGGUAGAGAGAAAGAUGAGCCUGGAGAAGGGGUACCGCCGAGCCCUGGCCAAGGCCUUCCAGUCCCACCCCAACCAGGUGGACUUUAACAAGCCAGACCAGGCAGUCAGCAUCAUCAACUCAUGGGUCUCAGACCACACUGCAGGUGCCAUCCCUGAGUUCCUUGCAUCUGGAUCUCUGACUGAUGAGACCCGUCUGGUCCUUCUCAAUGCCCUCCACUUCCAGGGCCUCUGGAAGGUCCCCUUUGACCCCAAACUGACCGAGGAGAGGAUGUUCCACUGCGCCAACGGCAGCAACGUGCCCGUGCACAUGAUGAGACUCACCAACCACUACAACUAUGGCGAGUUCGUGACUGCCGACGGGGUGGACUAUGAUGUCAUUGAGGUCCCGUACGAGGGCAACUCACUGAGCAUGCUCCUGGUGUCGCCAUUUGAGCCUGAGGUUCCACUGAGCACGCUCAGCACCGAUUUGAGCAGCCAGAGGAUUAAGCAGUGGAAAACGGAGCUGAGGAAUGUCAAGCGGCAGCUGGCCAUGCCCAGGUUUACUCUGAACUCUGAGGUGAAUUUGAAGGCUGCUCUGCUUAACAUGGGUCUGGGAGACAUGUUCAACCUCGCUACUGCUGACUUCACACGCAUCACCACUGACGAGAGGCUGUGUGUGUCGAAGGUUCUGCAGAGAGUGAAGAUCGAGGUGAAUGAGCAGGGAACCAAGGGAGCAGCAGCAACAGCUGCCGUGAUGUUUUCUCGUAUGGCAGUCGAGGAGAUUACUCUGGACCGGCCCUUCCUCUUCCUCAUCCAGCACAAACAAACAGGUGCUGUUCUGUUCAUGGGUCAGUUCAACCAGCCUCAACAGUAACCCACUGUGAAGACUCCGCUCCACUGUGUCUGACUACUGCUGCUCAUGCUCCACAUGAUGAUCACACACAUGAUGACCACACACAUGAUGACCACAACAGACCCGCUGUACAGGGUUAUGACUUCUUUUGUCUAUACAGACUAAUUCACUGACAGCUUUAUUUAAAACGUGCUUAACACAAGAAGUCAAGGGGACACAGAUCAAACACGACCGACAAUGGAAACAUGAUUGACUGAGAGUUUGUUUGCCGUUAAUUUAUUUCUCUGAAUGUUUGUGGUUGACAAGACAGAAAGACAUAUGAAGGAAAGUUAAAUGAUUAAGUAGUUUACUUUCGUCUGACAUAACAGACACCAAUGCACUGCAUAAGUUCCCAAAAAAAGAUGUAUUUUUUAUCUAUUUUUUCUAUGUUAUUUCUAAUAUCUAUUUUUGUUA